CUAGGAUUUUAGAAUCGAUUAUUUUGGUGAUUGAUGCUUAGGGCACACAUGAGUUAGGAGGAUAUAGGGUUACAUCUUGGUAACUGGCUUCAUUAACUAAAUAACAAGGAAUAUGUUAAAAUUGGAUUUAUUUUGAAAAAAAAAAGUUUUAGGUUUAAAAUGUUAAAAAAUACUCAAUUUACAAGUAACCAGUAAAAGUUGGGUAUUUUUUUGAGAAAAAAAAAAGUUCUAAAAAAACGUCAAAAUAUAGGUUUAAAAAAAAAAAUCAGAUAAUGAGAAUGGUCGAAUACUCACAUUUACUCUAUAAAAAAUUGUCUAGUUUUACAUGAUUAGCUUAUUUUUCAGUCGGAUUUUUGAUACUAUGAUUCUUAUAUACAGUCAUAAACCUCUUGUUUUUUAAGAAAAUGAAGCAAAUAUGUAUAUGUUUUUUGGAAAAUUAACACAAACUCUUGGAUGAAUAUAACAGUAUCCGAAAAAAGGUAGAGAAAAUGAAUGGCUGAUUGUAAAGAAUUGGUGCCAAUAAUGAGUUGGUACGCAUUUCCAAAAUAUAAUAAUCUAACCCCCCAUGUCAUUCAAAAGCCAUAUCCUUUAAUCGGAUCAUCUCUUUUCUCUUCUCAGAUUAAUAAAUAAUAAAUUAAUAAUCCUCAAUAUCAGAAACAAGAUUAAUUAAAUGAAUUAAUACAUAAUGCAUCAAAAGCUGUACUUUAAUCUGAAUUUGUUAAUCUUUAAACUGGAAAAGCAGCUAGCCUUUUUUUUUAUUGUAAACACAACACUAUUAUUGUUAUGUUUUAUUAGUUUAAUGCUUAAUUUGUCAAUUUAUUUAGGUUUUUUCAUUCUUUACACAAUUGGGUGUUUUUGCUUUUAGGCAAUGGGUGAUGGGUGGCUCUGAUAUCAUCUAAAUUAGUAGUAUAAUUUAUUGCUUUAUUUUAAUGGGUUUAGUUUCUUGUUUAUAAAAAACCCAACAAAAUUGGAUUUUUUUGGUUUUUCAAGAUUUCCCCUUUCUCCAUUUAGCCCUUCAUGCACAGAGGAAUUGAAGGCUGCAAGCUGGAUAUUGGUAGCUUGAAUAGAAACAGAUGACAAAGUUGCAAUUUUUAUGAACUAAUUUUUGUUUUUUAGAAUUUUGUAAGUAAACCAUGGCCUCAACUUCAACUCAAUUUGUAACCUCAAGAAGAAUGGGAAUAUACGAUCCACUGCAACAAAUAAGCAUGUGGGACGAUGGCUUUGGGGCUAAUCUUAACCCUAACACAAGCCCUGGUAUGAUGAUGAUGACACAGGUCGAUUCAAGGCUAGCAAACAAGACCGAAUACAAUUCUCAAGAAUCGUUAGAACCAUCGCCAGAAGCUCGAGCAACAAAAACAAUUUCAGAUAAGUUGCAGAGACGACUAGCACAAAAUCGUGAAGCUGCUCGUAAAAGUCGUUUAAGGAAAAAGGCGUAUGUUCAACAAUUGGAAUCCGGCCGUUUAAAAUUGGUGCAAUUAGAACAAGAACUCGAGAGAGCUCGACGGCAGGGCGCAUACGGUGGUCUAUUGAACACCGGCAACAGUUUGUUAUCUGGUAAUGUAAUGAACGCCGGGAUUGCUACAUUCGAAAUGGAGUAUGAAUUGUGGAUUGGGGAACAACGGAAGAAGGACGAUGAUCUUCGGAAAGUGUUGUUGACUCAUACGAGUGAUGUCGAGCUUCGUAUGUUCGUCGACAGUGGAUUGCAUCAUUACUACGAUCUUUUCCGAAUGAAGGCGGACGCCGCGAAGGCCGACGUGUUUUAUUUGUUGAACGGGUUGUGGAGAACUCCGGUGGAGCGGUUCUUCCAAUGGAUCGGCGGAUUCCGGCCAUCUGAGCUCUUAUACAUACUGAUACCACAAAUCGAGUUAACGGAUACGCAACUGGUGAAGGCGAGGGGUCUCCGGCAAUCAUGCGAGCAAGCGGAGGAGGCACUGAGUCAAGGAAUGGAAAAGCUUCAACAGACGUUAGCUCAGAGCAUCACAAUCGACAUAACCGGAGCCGGAAGUUACACAACACAGAUGAAUUGUGCACUCGAAAGGCUCGAAGCGCUUGAAAUUUUCUUGAAUCAGGCGGAUCACCUCCGGCAACAGACUCUGCAACAAAUGUAUCAGAUCUUAACACUUCGUCAAGCAGCAAAAGCAUUGCUUGCACUUGGUGAAUACUUUCAACGUCUUCGUGUACUGAGUUCAAUCUGGUCUGGUCGUCCUCAUGAUCGUGCAACUUUACUUUCAUGAAUCAAUCUACUUUUUUCGAGUUUUCAUUAGCCGCCAUUAGCAAAUCUAGAGAUUUUUACUAGCAACUUUACUUUCAUAAAAUCACCUCAUAUCAAUCAAUCCCAUUGCUACUUUAUAAUCUGUUUACUCGUUUCGUGAACUAAAAUGUAAAUAUAAUUUGUAAUAUUGUGAGC